CGCUCCUGCCUGCUGGCAGGCCUGGGACCUCACCGACGACGGCAACAUGUACAAGACGCUGUCCGAGUGCCGCGUACCGCUGCUGCGCUGCUCCUGGAGCCCCGACGGUCGCCAGCUGGUCGCCUGCGGCCAGAGCAAGCUGCUUUACGUAUACAAUAUGGUGACAUACAAGCGUCACUUGGUACUGGAGGGCCACGUCCACGACGCCACUUCGUGCUCCUUCAGUUCCGAUGGCAGGCUGAUCAUUUCCGGCUCGCUCGACACGCGCGCCAUCGUGUGGGACGCCGAGACAGGGGCGCAGCUGCAGACCCUGCUGCACCUGAACCCGCCGCCCCGCCUCAUCUUCGCCUCGGGCGAGAACGGCGCCUGGGUCAGGGCGGCCGUCAUGUCCAAGUCCAUGUGCCAGACGGCGACGGUGUGCGAGGACGGGUUCGUUCGGUUCUGGAACGUGUGGCAGGAGUCGUCGGAGCCGGCCCUGUCCGUGCUGGUGCCCCGCAUCAAGGAGGACGAAAUGCUGACCUCGUGCACCUUCAACGCCGCAGGCAGCGUCCUGGCUGUGGGGACCAGCCACGGUAGCGUGACGUUCCUAACCGUGCCAAAGCAUAUUCCGUCCCUGAUGCACUCCGCGCGGCGCGCCAUCCGCAUGCUGACACCUGGCGAGGACGUCGAGAAGCUCCCGCUGCCCGCCGGCGUCCGCGCGUACCUCCGAUACGCGCUGUGACGGGCUGUGACGGACGCUCCGGAAGAAGAGGGUGUCCGUGAUGUCGACUGUUCUUGAGGCAUUCCAAAUGGGGAAUGGUGGGGUGGAUUGCGCGGUUUUGCGUGUGUGUGUGCAAGUGUGACGAAGUUACCCAGUGUUCUACUACCGCAUUCACUCAUCCCGCAGACGCGGUCGUCUCAGUUCAAGUGCAGUUGAGUGGCGCGUCUGAUUUCACCACAUGCCAUCUCACACUGGGUCGGUUGGUGAGUUGUGAGUAGACUAACGUUUCUUAAUUUGUGAGACGCGAUGACUGACAGGCGAGUGCGUGUCCCCGUAGCCAUAGCUUUAUGCUAAUGUCGCCACGGUUCUGUGGCUGCGCCACAGCCUUAAACUACAGGCGGGAUGUUGUUGUGAUAGUGCCCGAUGCUUAAGAUCGCAGCUGACCGCCCCACGCGGUAAAGCGAGAUGGCCACUUUGCUGUGCCCUUUCCUCCCUUGCAAUAUGAUAGGGCUUACUGCCGUCGCAGACUGCCCUGCUCGUGUUUUACUGUUGGAUUCGCGUGUUAACGGAUUUGGGUGUUUGUUGGAAACCAACAGAGCUCAGCAACGCUUCUCAAGGGACGUGUGUCGGGGUUUUAUUACAAUAAACGUUUGCAUGGCGACGGUGUUGUUGACGUC